CGUGCCUUGUUUGUCCCUCUUUACCUACCGUACCUACGCACAAGUAUGGCGGUCUGAGAGUUGUGACAACUGUUUUGAUUGUGUAAACAAUACAUUUUCCAUUCCUAAAUCAUCAUUUUCUCGGAUUUCGUAUUUAUCUAAACUAAUAACUACAUUGCGACUCAAGACCAUCAUGCCGUCUGCCUGUGACUCUCUGAUUGAAGACAUUGAGGACAUGGUGUCCUCUACUGACCCCACUCCUAAUGAGAGACAGUCUGCUAGAAAGAGUAUCGUACCAAGGUCCAGGAAGAAAAACGAGAGUCUGAUCAAUGAGGAGCUCCAAGCUGACAGUUUGAUCCCUGGCACCCAAAAAAUCUGGAUGAAAACGUGGGGCUGCAGUCAUAACAAUUCAGAUGGAGAGUACAUGGCCGGACAGCUAGCUGCCAGCGGAUACAAGAUGACUGAUGACCCAACAGACGCAGACCUGUGGGUGCUCAACAGCUGUACUGUGAAAAACCCUGCAGAGGACCACUUCAGAAACUCAAUCAAAAAAGCCCUGGAACAACAGAAGAAGGUGGUAGUAGCAGGUUGUGUCCCCCAGGCUCAGCCACGGAUGGACUACCUCAAAGGACUCAGCAUCAUUGGGGUCCAACAGAUUGAUCGAGUGGUGGAAGUAGUGGACGAGGCUGUUAAAGGCCACUCAGUUCGUCUAUUGGGUCAGAAGAAAGAUGGAGGCCGGAGGCUCGGAGGAGCUAGACUGGACCUGCCCAAGAUCAGGAAGAACCCUCUUAUUGAAAUCAUCUCUAUUAACACUGGGUGUCUGAAUGCAUGUACCUACUGUAAAACUAAGCAUGCCAGAGGAGACCUGGCCAGCUAUCCCAUCGAGGAGCUUGUUGAGCGAGCCAGGCAAUCGUUCCAGGAGGGAGUGUGUGAGAUCUGGUUGACCAGUGAAGACACAGGAGCCUAUGGUAGAGACAUAGGGACAGACCUGCCCACAUUGCUGUGGAGAUUGGUGGAGGAGAUUCCUGAAGGAGCCAUGCUGAGGCUGGGUAUGACCAACCCACCAUAUAUCCUGGAACACCUAGAGGAGAUGGCUAAGAUAUUGAAUCAUCCACGCGUCUAUGCCUUCCUUCAUGUUCCUGUGCAGUCGGCCUCUGACAGCGUCCUGAUGGACAUGAAGAGAGAGUAUUGCAUCGAUGACUUCAAAAAAGUGGUGGACUUCCUCAAAGAGAGGGUUCCAGGUGUAACCAUUGCUACAGAUUUAAUCUGCGGUUUUCCUGGUGAGACGGAGGAAGACUUCCAAGAAACAAUAAACAUGGUGAAACUCUACCGAUUCCCCAGUCUCUUCAUCAACCAGUUCUACCCCAGACCCGGUACACCUGCUGCCAAGAUGGAGCAAGUACCAGCACAUGUGAAGAAGCAGAGGACUAAAGAGCUGUCACAACUCUUCCACUCUUACAAUCCCUACGACCAUAAGGUAGGAGAGAGGCAACAUGUGUUGGUGACAGAGGAGUCAUUUGAUGCCCAAUACUAUGUGUCUCACAACAAGUUCUAUGAACAGGUGCUGGUACCUAAAAGGGCUGAGUUCAAAGGGAAGAUGAUUGAGGUGGAUAUCUACGAGGCAGGAAAACACUUCCUGAAAGGCCGGCCAGUGGAAGAGAGUAAGCCCUUCACUCCCUCCAUUGCCGCACCACUUCGGAAAGGAGAGGUGUCUGGCCUGAUGCAGCAUCAGACGCCCAAUGGCAUCCAAGGUCCUUCUAUGCCUUCUUCAUCUGUUUUGUUCAUCGGCUCUUACAGUCUUGACAGGGAAGUACUGAAGAAGCUGGGGAUCGGGCUGACUCUGGCAGCAGCCAUCUUGGCCUUCAUCGUAGAGAAACUGUACUGAUGGCGCAACUGCAAACUAGAAGAAGAUUGUGAAGAAGGGAGAGGACAGUGACAUCAUAGGAGCCUACACAAUGUGUUUGAAGCAGGUGAAUACAGUGAUAAAACGAUCCCCUGUAACUCCAAUGCUCUUAUUCAAUUUUGAAUGAACCCAAAGAAAACAAGACAAAGUCAGUAACACCUACACAGUUAAGGAUUAUUUAAAUGUUCUGAGAUUUAUGUUGUUUUUAGUGAAGUUAGUAUUUUAAUUAAAGUUAGACGUUUCAAUUAUUUUACCACUUAGUGAUGUCAGUGUCUUUUAUCAUUGAAGGAGGAAUAACCACAUUGUCAAUGACAAUGUGGUCGGCAGUUUUCAAAGACCUUAGUAAACACUUUUUGGUACAAAUAACACCCUAGUUACACCUGUUUUUAAAAAGAAUCUAUUUCAAGUACAGAUUCUGUUUGUUUGUUUCAUUACGAGGGUUAAACCUUUUCUAAGUGUAGGCUGUUUUAGGAAGAUGCUAUUCUCUUCUAUUGUCCACUGAUGGCUGCAGCCAGACAUUGUCCAUAGACUGGUAAAUACAUGUUUUGGAUCAUGUUUGUGGGUGUAUGUAGCUGUUUUACAGAUAAAUUAAACACAACUCAAUUGAAAACACAUUCUGGUCUUCUGUACCAGAAUCUUUUUUUUAGGAGUACUGAGCAUGUAGAUUUCUAGAAAUUGAUUGUUAUAAAGUUGCCCAU